AUGUUUAUAACUGUAAUAUUCUCAGAUUUAUCCAAUCCAGAAAUAGAAAAAUCAAUCCUGGUCAAUCCAGAAUGUCCACUCGGUGUCUUCUUGGAGUACAUUCGAACAAAUGUAGGCCUACAAAAAUACGAUGAAUUCGAUUUAUGUCCGGAGACCGGAGUUUUAAAAAAUCUCAACGAAACUUCAAUGUUCACAAAUGCUUCAACUUUGAUGGAAGAUCGAGAGACUUUCUUUGUUGUUCACAUACAAAGAGAUGCAGACUGUGUAUCCUACCACCUGCUGCUUCCUCGAAACCACGAAAUAUACAACGAACUUUCAUCAAAAAUCAAAGAAAACGCCUGCGUCUGCGACUCUGGUCUAAAUUUAUCAGGUGUCACCAACCUUUCGGGUAGUAAAGGGAGCAGAUCGAGUACCAGCAAAAGGGGUAGCAAAUCUUUGUCAUCAACGGGAACCAAAAAAUCCUCCUCGGGAAGUGUCAAAUCUGGUUCAUCCAAUAAUAGGAGGUUAUCGAGUGCUGGAAGCAAGGAGAAGAGAUCUGGUAGUAAUGUUAAAAUGUAA